UAGAUCACUGACCAAGUACAUUUCCAAAGGUUGUUAUUGUUUUUUGUCCACCGAAUGUGAAUUUUAGGGGUGAAUUGAUUUUUUAAGAUUUAUUAAAAAUACUUUGAAAAUAUAUCUCAAGUCAUACAGCUACAGCUUCGCGAAAUUCUAGACCAUUUAUGAGGUUUUACCAUGUGCAAAAUCCAGCGAACGCGACCAAUACGCGACAAACAUAAGUUGCAAACACGUUUUAUGCAGUGCUUGUGUGUUGGUGCCGCAUGAGGAUUUGUAUGCGUUCGGGAACUGGUCCGGUGGCUAUUUAAAUUCAUAAGGUUAUAGCAUAGGUAUAUAUAAUAUGUAUAAAAAUUCGUGUGAGAAACGAAUGUGUAUUUGGCGACCACGAGCCAUGGUGAGUUUAUAAUAGCGAAAUCUGCAAGUAUAUCUGCGCAAUGGAAGGCGUUGAUGCGAUGUCGAGAAAAUAUUAGAUUUCUCUGAAAUAAACCGUUUGAUUUUAUCUGAUUUUAUUUAAUUCUUUUAAUUCUUUCAUUAUUAUUAUUCAUCGCACUUAAUUUAGCUCGCUUCCGUAUAAUCUUUUUAUACUUUCACCAUUUCACCCAAAAGUCGUUCGGAGGCAUUUUAAUUGGUCUUCGAACGACAGAUGCCAGCAACAAACCUUGUAGAAUUAUAGUCCCGCUGAGGAAGGGUCCAUGCCCCAUUUUUUUAGAAAGGAAACAAGCAGAUUACAGUUACUUGCCAGUGAGAACCGCAUCUCGUGGCAUUCCUCCAAGCAGUGCGCGUCGUCUAGUAAUUUUACGUAGCAACAAUCAUAGAAAGAACAUAAAACUGAGCAGCUACAACAAGCGACUGACAGAAUCCAAAGAGAAAUAGAAGAAGUAACGGAAAGGGAGUGCGAGCUACGAAGUGUAGGAAGCAUAAAGACAAUUUCCCUGGAAACUGUGGAUUCUAAGCUACUUCGAAUGCCACAGGCUUUCGCAACAGGGAAGUUGAAGAGAACUACAUCUACUCCACAAAUAUUGGAAGCGGUAGCUCAAUCUCCCGUGACACCGAAUUUAUCUCCGAAAAUGACCAACGGUGUUAUAUCAGCUAGAUCGACGCCAACUCCUGUUCGCUUUGCAACUAAUCCGACUCAGAAAGGUUUGAUGCAGAGAUUUCUGGCAACAAGAGGGAAAAUUUAUAAACCAAAACCAGUGAUAAGUGAUUUUUUGACACCGCCCACAACGCCAACCCACAAUGACUUUAAUCCACUAAGCAUCAAGAGUAUCGAAAUUAAAAUUGAACCCGAUGACGAACCCAAAAAACCACCAAUUAGAAAAGGCUACAUACCAGUUGAGCAAAAAAUACAAAAGGAAUUAAAUGAAAUGAAAGAACGUGAAAAGGAACUCAGGGUAAUGAGAUCGCAAAUGUUGGCAAAAUCACAGCCAAACCUUCUCGACAUCAUCAAUGAUAAUGACUCGGAUAUUUAUGACGGAGCAAGUUCGCUGCGUAGUGGAACGUCUUCUAAUACUUUAAACGAAGAUGAACCAGAGAAGGAAAAUAGGGGAAAGCAUAAGGCUAAUCCGAGGCGUAGGAGUGCGCUGAUAGCACAGUGGGAAAAUAUGAUCGCAUCAAAAAAAGAGGUGACCGAAAACGGUAAUGAAGUUGAUAGCAGUUUCUGAGGAGCUGGCUCCUAUGCAGAUUACGAUUGACCAUUUUGUCGAAAAUCAGAGAGGUUACUUCGACUAUACGCAACGAGUGCCUGCGUUGGUUCAGUGUGUCGAUAGUCGCCUCAAUUAAUUAAUUAGUUAUCAUUGAAUUUUAAAAGGUCAAGGGCAGGUACAUCAAACAGGCUCGUCUUCCGAAACGCGGACUUGAGUUAUUUAGACCACAUAAUCGAAAUUUGAAACACGAAACGAUAACAGUGACAUAUCUUAUCACCACAUAUAAUGAUGAAUCACAUCUAUGAACACCCGACAUCGUAUGGUGGUUAAUGAAUCAGCUAAUUAAAAAGAAAGAAAAGAUUCAGUUGGAAUGUGUAAUGUAUGUAUAUAGCAUAGCUAAUGUUAUUUCAUUUUACACAAGCAUGUCGGUCGUUGGUUCUUUCUUCAAUCCAGUAUCCAAUUGGUUAAAUGUGGAUUCAAAAUUGAUGUGCUAAAACAGUCAUUUGAAGACCAGAAAAUCUAAUUGAUAGAAAUAAUAAAAAAGUAUAUUUUUGGAUCGAAAAUAUUUCAUUUCGUUGAAAAGAUUCUUUAGGGGCUCUUAAUAUGACAAAAUUUUAAAUAUUAAAUACCAAUUAGGCAAUAAUAUCCUAAUCAAAAAAGAGUGCAAUGACAUCAAAACCUGUGCUGAGUUUUGCUACAUGAGUUUCGAUAGGUCCUAUUUUUUUACUUUUACCUACUUUAAGUGGAUUAUAAUGAAUUGUGAAUUAUUUAUAAUUAACUACAUUGUCAUGUGCACUCAUAUGUUUGGCCCCACAUCUGGAAUUUUGCUGUAAAAUUCGAUUUUAUCCCAGCUCUAUCUUUCAAUAGCCUACACCCAGUGAGAAACGUAGAGUUAUAUUUGUGUUUUUUAGCGAUAGGUCAAUUCAAAUAUUUAUACGAUCAUUAGUUGAUACAUAUAUGGCAAAUCGGAGUACUCAACACCCCACAAAUAUUCCAGGUGUAUAGUGGACCUACAUUCAUAACUCAUAAUAUAAGAAUUAUUUAUACUUACAUGAGUGUUAAGUUAUUGUUGAUAUGAUUAUAAUCGCUAUUAAUCUCAUGAUGAAUGUUAUUAUGAUGGUAAUAAGAACCACGGCUACAAAGUUUACUUAAUUACAAGUAUGCAUAAAGGUAUAUUUGCUGCUACCUUUAUCUCAGUACCUUAUUAACUGUCAAUUUGUUAAUUAUUAUGUCAUAGAGUAAUAAAAUUACAAAUCGGAAUUUCACUGAUGAAAAAAUGGAA